AUGGGUCGGUCAUCACAUGGCUCGCCUGAGGACAUUAGGAAUUACAAACUGGGUUUCGCUGCAUCACCAACAUUGAGAAGGCCGUUCAGGAACACGCUAGAACGAUCGAGUGUCAAAUUACUUGGUCUGGGUGGAGGCGGAAAGCGGAAAAUUGAGGAUGUUGAAGAAGCGUCGACUUCUUUCAUGGUGCACCACGACAAGGUCGAAUCUGACAAUGGAUACCAGCUAUGGGCGAUACUUGAUGCAAAAGCACCCAUAACGUCAGAGAAGAGUCAUCACAGCCGACGGCGCAUCUCGACCAAAACCGUAAACCAGCAAAGAACCGAUUUUCCUCGUUGUGUAAGCCUUGAACCCUUAAACUAA